UAUUCAAUGAUUUUGGACUCGAUCGCGGACAUGACAUCGAAGGAAGCGUUUUGUGUCUUUCUGAAUUGCUCUUGAUAUUUACAGUGUUCGAUCGGUGGAGUUUGACAGUACGUGAGAGACGGAAUGAUUCCGCUGUAAAAUUGACGGUGAUAUAACGGUAAAAGUAAAUCGGUGAGAGUGAACCGAUUCGUGGUGAAUGAAACGAUAUAACAGUGAAGUGGAGAAAGAAAAUCAGGCCGGGGAAGAUUUUGUAGUUGUUUCGAAUGGAUGCACAACCUCUCUACUGAACAAGUUUUCACCUUACUGAGCUUACUCGUCGUAAGAUAGAUAUUUAACAAUAUUUGUAGUCUCUGUCACGAACAUCGCGUUUUCUUCUGAUUAAGGGUACAUUAGAUUAAUAAUGAGCGAUGGUAAGAAGGUAAGUGAAAAUUCCAGUAGUGAGGUUGUUAACCAAUUUCGAAGCUGUAGGGAUCUCAGCGACAUCGUACCUCUAUAUACACCACGCGCGCUUUAUUUAAAACCAGUUGCAAAAAUAAAUGUGUCUGUUAAUCUUCCCCAACUGAAAGUCCCAGGAAAAACUAUAUCAACAUGGGAAGUAAUGGAGAAGAUACGUGCCUUUAUACUACCGGACGAGUUUGCAUCUCUGAAGGUAGCCAAGAGUACACUGGAAUUUAUCAGACUGGAAGGAGACUUGCAAGACAGAUGCAGACUGCAACGUGUACUUGCAAGACUAGACUCACAGCGUUUGAAUCUGUCUGGAUUCUCCAACAUUUUAAAAGUUCGUGCUGCAGAGGCAAAGGAUGAUUUUCCCACAAGACACAGUUGGGAUUCUUACUUCAGAGAUGCAAAACACAUGAAUGAAUUAAAGCCUGGAGAAAGGCCUGAUACUAUACAUAUAACAGGCUUGCCUGUUAAGUGGUUUAUGGAAGAUGGUGCAACUGUACCUAGCGAAUCCUUGAUUACAAAAAUUUUUAAAAAAUGGGGAACACUUAGAAGAGUCGAUGUACCUGCUGCUGAUCCUUAUAGAUCUAGGAUGCGUCUUGGCACAAACAUAAAUAAGUUUAGUUACGAAGAUGGAAUAUUUUUUGAUGCCUAUAUUCAGUACGUCGAAUAUAUGGAUUUCGUUAGAGCUAUGGAUGCACUACGUGGCAUGAAGAUUCUGAAAAAGGAAGGCGAAAAUGCUUUUACAUCUGCAAUAAAGAUAAAUUUUGACAAAACAAAACAUAUGAGCGAUAGUACUGUCGCGCAUAGAGAAUUUGAAAGAAAGCGUCUAAUAGCACAGGAUACAUUAGCAGCAGAAAGGCUUCGUAGAAAAGAAGAAGCUGAAGAGAAACGUCGCGCUGAACAAAAAAAAAAAGAAGAAGCUGAUAUAGUAGCAAAGCAAGGAAGAAGACAAAAACGAGAAGAGAAACGCAAACGCAAAGCUUUGACUAUAUUUCGUAAAAAGGAAGAAGAUAAAGUGUCUAUGAAAAUCGCCAGAGAAGGGCAAAAAUUAAUAAAAGCACAAAGGCAGCUUGAAAGCAUCCGCUUGUUAGAUGAAUUAUUUGACAGGAUAAAGAUAAAAGUGGAAAAUAAUGAAAUUAAAAUUGAUGAAGUGUCGAACACAGAUGCAAGGAAAGAAGAAAAAAAAAAUAGUAAACCAGACGGUAACAUUCAAAUAUUAAGUUCAGACGAGGGUGCAAAAGACGGAAAGAAUGAGAAAAAAAUGAAAAAAUCGAAACGAAAGAAAUCGAAAAAGGAGAAAAAGACAAAGAAGAAACAUAAAAAGGAUUCUGCAAAUUCUGCGAGUCUGAGCGAGGAUUCAGAUGCGGAAGGACAAACGAAGAAAUUGAAAAGCGUUCUCAAACAGAACGUUUCGUAUCCAUCUUCGUCAACAGCCCCUACUGCCUUGGAGACUCUUCCCUACCCAACUCUCUACCAACGGUUUCCACAACCGUGGUACUACGAAGCAGCGUUACCCAUGAUUUACCCCGCUUUAUCAAGAGGCGUGUCCAGAGGUGGGCGUUUUCCACGCGGAAGAGGAAGGGGGUUUCUAUGGCGUAAUGCUGGAAGUCCUCGCACACUGCACACGUUCAACCCUCAUUUGUAUAACGAGGAAUACUACAAGUAUUUUGCUCACUUAGUGGGCCAGGAUUAUCAUUCUUUCGACUUCAGAAGUUCUCGGUCCCGUAGUCGUAAUAGGUCGUUCAGCAAAUCUCGAUCAAGAUCCAAGUCAAGACAGAGAUCGAGGUCGAGAUUAAGGUCAAGAUCCAAGUCCCGUACUAGCUCUAAAUCGCGAAGUAGAUCGAGAUCACGACCAAGGUCGCGAACAAGAUCAAAGUCGAGGAUUGGUUCGAGAUCACGAAGCCGAAGACGCAGUAGAAGUAGAAGCAGAUCUCGAUCGAGAAGACGACGCGGAAGAUCGAAAUCAAGAUCAAAGUCGCCUACAAGGGUAAGGUCUCGAACUCGUCGAUCAAGAUCUAGGAGAAAAUCUCGUUCGCGAAGUCGUUCGAAAUCCAGAAAUAAUACCAGAAGUCGCUAUAGACGGAAACGAGACCGAUCAACAUCGAAGGUGAAAGUAACAAGAGCAAAGUCUCGAACUGCAUCCCCUAAAAGAAGAUCUCGUAGCAGCACUUGGUCUAUGCCAAAAUCUCCCGGUAGAAGAAGUUGUUCCUGGUCGAAAGGAAUCGGUACUAUUAAUCAUAAAGUGAAUUCGGAUAACUCGACGCUCACGCAAGAUCAAACGGUUACGAAUAAAGAAGCGCCACAAACUUCUCAACCCGAGAACACAACUUCCGACUGACAACAACUUAAGACAUUUCUUCCGUUUUGUGUCUUCGAUCCUAUCACGUAAAAAGAAUGCAUCGUGUUGCAAUACCGUGUACAAAAGCUGUGAGAAUUUGUGUAACUGUACUUGUAUAUAUUCAGAUGUCUGUAGUGUUUGUUUGACGAAAAAAAAAAAUAUAUUUUUGUUUACGUGAUAGUUCUUCCUAAUCUUAAGCAAUUAAAUAAGUAAAUAAAAGAAAGCAAAAGUAAUUGCUAACGCAUAGAUCCUAUGUUUUCAUAGCAUAAAUUACAAGAAACGAUUGUGUAUAUGUUAUGGAUAAUGUGUUUCUGUAGUACAUGAAUCUAAGAAACGAUCAGAGUACUGCAUUUUUAAAUUCAAGCGGUGUUCGAAAUAAAUACGACAUCGACAAGUUAAGCGUUAUUUCUUAAAAAAAAAAACAAAUAUACCCAACCUUGUUAGACGAGAAUGUGUACCACUCUCAACAUUGCCAACAUGAUGACUGAUGGUACAGGCACGGACGAGCUGAAAAGCAAACACGAAAAAAUAAUCGCAACACUAAAAACAAUCGCGAUAAAAUUCAUAUUAUAUGCGACUUGCAACGCGAUCAGUAUACG